ACGUAAACUGGAAUCCGUACACCGUUGACCACAUUCAUACUUAUUUAUUGUAAUAUGGACAAGUUCAUUUUUAAUUGCUAUAUAAUGUAAGAUACGGGAAGGUUUCAUGAGUCGUGCGAAACCUCGUGUUGUUUUGACGUUGACGCAUUGGGGCAUUGACAUUGCUUGAGUUCGGACGUGCAGCGCCCGGUGCAUUGCCAAGUGUAUACGUACCGACCAUGUUACGGACCGUUCUAUAUAUAUUGUUAUUUUUAGUUACAAGUGAUGUUACUUCUAUGGAAAGUUCGAAAGCCCUGGAGGGGUAUCCAUCUGGUAUACUCGGAGAUUGUCCAGGUUCAAGUAAGGAGGCAAUUAUAACGAAGAAGGCGUUAAAGUAUUUAUCAUUCUACGUACAAGGUCCGGGGAACAUUUUCAGCGCACGCCACGUCAAGUACACAUACUUCCAAAUGCGCCAAUUAGCUCGUGACAAAGAUAUCGACUUUAAGAAGAAGACUUUACUCUACAUUGGUGGAUUCCUUGACAGCCCUAACUUUCCCGUCGCAUCAUCUAUUGCUGCGGCAUAUCAAGAGUUAAAUUAUAAUGUGAUCUUACUGGACACCAAUAUGUUUACCACUAUGGAGUAUCCGAUGGCCGCUCGCUUCAUGCGUCCAGUCGGCAGACACGCAGCUAAAAUGUUGAUAGUACUAAUGGAGGAGGGACUAGAUCCUAAGAAGCUAGAAAUCGUCGGUCUAAGUCUUGGAGCGCAUACGAUGAGUUACUUAGCAAAAAAAUUCCAAGAGAUAACCGGCAAGAAUAUAUCAAGACUAACCGGUCUUGAUCCAUCUGGACCUUGUUUUAGAAACCUCGGUCCUGAAGAUCGUUUGGAUAUGUCGGAUGCUGAUUUCGUUGAUGUUAUUAAGACUAACAUAGAUGGAUACGGACUUGCAGCACCUACGGGUCAUGUUAAUUUUUAUGUGAAUGGUGGUGAAUACCAGCCUGGUGAUGUUUUAUGGAUGCCUUGUAAUGUAUUGUGUAGUCAUAUAAGAUCUUAUACGCUUUGGAUAGCAGCAUUAAAGCAUCCUGGUAAAUUUAUAGCUUUACAAUGUGAUUCAGUACAGCAAGCGAGAAAUAGAGAGUGCUAUGAGAGGAAACCUUUAGUAACAAAUUUAUUAGGAUUGAAUGUGGAUAAAAGUAAAGAAGGUAUAUUCUAUCUUGCGACAGAUAAUAAUUACCCUUAUUAUUUAGGUGAGAAGGGUCUUAAAAGGGAAAACGAUUUCAUUUUAAGAAGUUUGAAAAUGAUUAAUGAAGAAGCUGUGAUAAAAAUGUGAUAUUUAAAAUUAAAUUUAGGCGUUGAAAGACUUUUUGGUAGAUUUGGGUUGUAUAUAUAAUAAAUAAAAACGUGUUGAAAUUUUGACUA